UAUAGAUAUCCAUCCAUGUCAUGUCAUUGUCUUGUAGAAUCUUCUUCCCUACACAUCGCCGGUGAAGAAGAAGAAGAAGAGAAAAUAUCAAAUUCUUCAACUCGCAUUUCUUUGUCCACAGAAUUCGGAUUUCUCCUUCCAUCAAUGUCGCCCAAAGUCCCACCUGCUUCACUGCACGCUCUCGACACCUGUACAUUCCAACUUCACAAUUGGAGGCCCUUUCAGAUUCAUACUCGAACCCUAAACUCCGAUCACACCAAUGGAUUCCUUUACAAGCGCCCUUGUCGUGCGGAUCGGGCCACGUCGUUUCCGUUCGACGCAAUCGACUUCUCCAAGCUCAGUUUGUUCGACGACCACCGCCCUCUAUCUGUCCACAAGCGCGGCGGGCUGCGCUGGCGCGCUCGGAAGCGCCGCCGCAUCCGCGGGUCGCGAUCGGGUUCCGGGAGGAGCAGCGAUCGAAGUGGGACCACACGGCGGUGUUGUUCCGUCGGGGCGUCGGCGGCCAAUGGGACCUGCUCUGAUUUCCUUGUCACGGACUCGAGUGGGGAGUUGUUUGUGAAUGGGGAUGCGAAUUGGGCGUCGGAUGUUAGCGAAGCAAUCAGGAAUUUGAGGAGAGAGAGGGAACAUGGGAGCGCGGAUAAGGAGAAUUUGAGCUUCGCGUUGCAAAAUGGAAACUUUGACAGUCAGGGGUUUGAAUCGGGCUAUGGAAGUGAACCAGGUUAUCGAGGCGAUGCGGAGUUAGGAUACGGUAAUGAGUUCGAUGAAGAAGAGGAUGAUCAGCGGAUCUUAUUCUGGUGCCAUGAAUUUGGAGUGUCAAAACGGGAGAAGGUUGGUGAGAAUACAUUGCAAAAAGGUCAUCAUAGAUGGCGGCGAAGGAAGCACGAUUUAAAAAUGGUAGAUCUGAUGAGGUAUGGAUUGUUGUCAUUGUUUGUUGUUUGCGGUAUAAGGUAUGGAUUGUUGUCAUCUACAAGAGGAGUUUGACAGGGAGAAGCCUCUUUCUUUAACCUUUUCUUUCUGUGAGUAUUUCAGAAUACUUUUGAGAUUUUGAGUCUUAAUACUUUGCAGUGUGGCUCUGAUUACAGGGGCUUCGCUUCAACAAGUCAUGUCAGUAAGUGGCUGCCACUUUCUAAUCUUUGUUGUUGUAUAGAUAAUAGCAUGAAUUGAUAUGUACAUUUGGCGUUGCAAAAAGUGAGGUGAGCCGGUGAGGGAUGUUGUACAUACUUAUCUUUAUCAAAAACAUCUUUUGUUGCCUGCCUCCUGCCUGCUGCCUGCAAUAGAACAGAUUAUCUAGGUGAUUCGAUUCCCUGUUGUUAAAAUCUGCCUAGGUGGCCGGGAUUUUACCUUUAGGAAGACAUUAGUCGGGCAGCUAGCAGCUUAGGCGUCCGAGUCGGCUAAACUUGGCGCCCAAGUCGUCCAACUGAGCUGGGUGUUUUUUUUUGGUGUGCAA